AAGUAGCACAACAAUAUGAAUAGAAUACACUAACAACAGAGGUUGAGGGAAAUAAAUUCUCUAGCAAGUAGCAAGUCAUGACUUCUUCCUAUAAUUGUUUCUUUCUUGGUUCAUUGGUAGUCUCGUUACUACUUUUCUUAGGAUCUACUUCGACCAUGGCCUUAACAAAAGACAUUAAUUCAACAUGCUAUCGUUAUUCUGUCGAUAAUUCUUUUGUCCAUAACAAAACGUUCUGCCUGCAAACGCUCACAGCGUAUCCUCCCGCCGUCUCUGCAACUAACAUGGUCGAACUUGUGAAAGUCACACUCGACCUUGGAUCGACCCAGGCUAAAGAAAGGGCAGGUUUCGUUGCCGGAUUGGAAAAAGAGCCUACAUUUAAAAAAUAUUUUGAGAUGUGCAGUGAAUCCUAUGCCACAAUAGUGAAUAACUUUAGAGGUGCUCGAUUAUGUAUGGAGGAUGGUGCCGCGGGUGCCGCGUGUGCAAGCAUUACAAUCCUUGAAACUUACGACGAUACACAAAGUGUGAAGGAUACAAUCGGCAAGAACACAGACAAGGCCUCGAAAAAGCUCAUGGAGAUGACAUUAGUUAUGGAGGAUUUCGUGGCUAUAGCUGAUGCAGCCAUCAGCGUAAUAUUUUAAUUAUUAAACUUUUCAUGUGCUCAAAUCCUAAAGAUAAUAUUUAAAUAAAAAAUAAAUAUAAAUUUCAAUUCUGAUUAA